AUGGUUGGUCCGAGCUCGCAGGUCAGCAAAAUAUUGCUGUCCCUGUUGUUUCUGCUGAUAGCGUUCUUCGCCUGGAUGGAUGUGAAUCUAUACAUACGCAUCCAGGACUACCCGAUCCGGGAUACCGAUCCAUUCCUGAUGGCCGCCAACAGCACGCUACUGAAACCGGUACCGGGUGGUAGCCAUGCCAGUACGGUUACAUCGCCCGUACUGGCACCAUCGUCCUCGAUGCCGCUGCAGCUAAACCGGCACAUCGUGCGCUACGAGGAUGUGGCCUGGGUAAACUGCGAUCUAAAUCCGCUGUGCGACGUUACCGUGAAGGCGAUGAUGCUGGACCACACGAACCACUAUCUGUUCGCUCCGAUCGCUACGAUCGUGGACAAUGUGGCUGGGUUUUCCAAGGGUGAUCUGGUGACGCCCAACAUGAUCUCGUUUUUCCACGUGUUCGUUGCGAUUGCGGCCGGCCGAAUGAUAGCGUCGGAUUCGCUGGGAUAUCGACGAAUCGGUGUGGUGCUGUUCCAGUUCCGCACGUUUCUGGACGAUUUGGACGGGCAUGUGGCACGGGCAAAGAAACAUAUCCGGGGGGAGCGUUCAGAUAUUGGAUCGGCCGGGUACUACAUCGAUGGUAUUUGUGAUGGGCUCGGUUGUAUUGCACUAAUGAUCGGUGUGUUCGUGUUUCUGAAGAACAAUCCACCCCGGCGCGGCUACACUCAGCUCCAGUCAAUCAUACCGGUGUCGGAAUCGAAAAGUUCCGAAUCGGGUGUAAUUUAUAAGGUGAAAGUAACGACCAAAAAGGUUGCCCGCAAGGUAUUGUGCUACACCGGCAUGCUGUUGCUUAGCUCGACCGGAUGGAACCGGUACAUCGCCAUCUACCAGGAUAUGCUCGAGCGGGAGAAUGUAACGCCGGCCCAGUACCUGCACCAGGAAUCGGUGUUCCGGUCGACCGGGUUCUUCUUCAUUGCCUGGCUGUGGCGCAUCUUCAACGUGCACGCGCUGCUCCACUUUCUGCUGCUAAGCAUCUUCUGUGAUAAACUGUGGGAGUACCUGCGGAUGAUCCAGUACGCCGGGUACGUAGCGCUGCUGGUGAUCAUCAGCGUUGCCGAGAUGCAUCUGCUCGGUGUGCAGAACUUUAUCUACAAGUCGCUAACGGUGAACAAUACCUCGUUGUGAUUGC